CACUCAAGCAGGACUACCUCAACCACCCUAGGCCUUAAACAGUCAAGCAGGCCUACCUCUACCAGUCCAGGCCUUGACCUUUCAAGUAGACUGACCUCAGGCCCUUCCUGGUACCAGGUAGCUGCCAAAACCUGGUGCCACUCCAACUCACCACAUGGUGAGUCCUCAAAAGACCAUCUGUUUGUUAGCCUCCAAAAGGCCUCGUUCUGGACAGGCCCCACAUACAUGCAGAUAGACACAGAGAAGCCCUCUUUCAUCAACCCUGACAUCCAGGAGAGGCUGGAACUUGAGAUUCAAAAGAGGGUUGAACUAAAAGUUUGGAAGGGGAAAGGCAAAGAAAGGUGUGACCAUGCCUUGGGAUGUAUGGACAAUAUGCUGCAGUCCUGGAGCAGCCAGCAGGCCACCACCAGAACCUGCAAAUCAGAGCAAUUUUCAGGUCAUCAGCAGUUCUUUUACAAGAAAUACAGCCAGCUUUUCUGGGGCCUCCCCUUUCUCCACAGUGAGUCCCUUGUGGUUACUGUCAACAUGGCAGGUUCCCCUCCAGAGCCCCCCUCCAUCUUAUUCAAUGGACUCUCUACUUACAUCCCAACACUGUUUCAGACUAAUGUACAUCCACAGCUCUUUUCUCCAAAGCCCUUGCUUCAAUACUUGGUCAAAACCCAACCUUUGACUCCAAAGUUAUCCAGGUCCCAAUCUCCACCAGCGGAUGGAAUCCAAACCCAGAGCUGUGACCCAUCCUCUCUCCCAAAGCUACCACACCAUUCACCUCCAAUUAGGGAUUAUGGGGCUUCUUGUCCUAGAGCUUCAAGAGUCCAAUUUAUGAUCCCACCUGCUGCUCAACACCUAGAGCGCCACCUUUUGAAGAAGCACCAAGAGAGUAAGUGCGAUUUACCCCCCAUAGUUAAGAGGUCACAGGAAGCAUUUCAUCAACUCAAUUCCAACACUUGGGACUCCCAGGGAAAUGGUUCUGUUGUCCACCUCCCAGGGAAUUUCAUUAACUCCGGGCUCCAACAGCAGCUGGAACAACACUUAAAAGAGACUUACACACAACAGCAAUGCCCCCACAAGGUCCAGAAAAAGUCUCAGGACAAAGUCCCAGGGAUAGGUCAAGCAGAAGUUAAUCAUGGGACAUCAUGUUCCUCAGCACUGACAGAUGAAAGCAGCCUUCAUGCACAAAGUGUCUCAUCACAGGGUCUAGAAAUAUUCCAAAUAUGGAAGGACCCAAGCACGUAUCUGACAAACUUUCUGGGAAGAGCUCUGAACGAUCUGUAUAGGAACCCAGAAGAUUACCUAGGCAAAGUUCUCGGGGCUGUCUCUAAGACAGAGGCAGAAAGUGGCCACAUGAGACACCCAAAAAGUGACACUCGAAGUGUUUCUCCAGUGGGACCAGGAAAGAAGUUGCUAGAAGGUACUCCAAAAAACGACUCAAGCAGCAAGUGGAGGCAUGCCAAGGAUAGUAAGGUGCAUGUGGGCAUUUGUCAUGCAGUAUGUAUGGACCAUGCAUUGGCCCCUCCUGAAAACUUGAAUGAUUGUACCACCUACAGGAAAACUUCUAGUAGGCCUUCCUUCCUAGAUCCUGGCACUCAGAAGGUGCUGGAAACACAUCUUACAAGACGCCUGGUGAGACACAGAUGGAGCCUGCCCCUCAUAGGUCUCAAGACCAUACAUGUUUUCAACAAGACCAAGGCUACAGCUUUGCCCUUUCCACAGCUCUCUGACUCUUCUUUGUCCUUCAGGGACUCUAGAGACGACUCCGUUGUCAAAAAGGCCAGUAUCCUAGGAGAACCUUUUCAGAAAGACCCAGAUGAGAAAGUGAAAACAACCUCCACACAGAACCCUCUUUCUGCCUCCCAGCUCGGAUUCCUGAGAGAGACUCCACCUAGAGACAAUUCUGGGCCCUCUGAGGCCCCUACAACUGUCGAGGGAGACAAUGUGACUUCUCUGUCCACCUCACAAAGUCUCGUGGGCAGAAAGUGGCACAAUGAUAUGGUUAUUAGUUCUUGGACAGGCAACCCAGAGUCAAAUCCAGGCCUAGUGAAGGGUGCACAUGAGUCACAGGAAAGAGAGCAUCUGAUUUUAAGCAAUACCUACAAUUGGGUGUCAGUUCGGGAGAUCAGUGUGGCAUCCCAGUCACCAAGUAGCAGGAACAUUCGGGAAUUGGAGAAGGCAGAGGAGGAGCAGUCCUGUGACUGUGUACUCAUCAUGGAAGCUGGGGAGAUGGCCAACUCUGAAAGCAACCAUCAACAUCUAAGGGAUUCAGAAUCCCUGGAGCCCAGUGAAAGUCCAUCCCCUUCUACCCAGGAUCCAGAAGACUCAGGCCUGAGCACACUUCACUGCUCGUCCCCUGGUGCUGUCUUGCAGGACUGUACCAUUGAAACAUUCUUUAAAGACUGUGCCCCUGAGGUUCUCCUUGCUGCAGAUAUGCUGGCCUCUAGGGCCUCCCAGUCCAGCUUCAAGAAUGUGCCUGCUACAAGCAAGUCAACCUACCAGGACAGGUACCCUUCCUUAAAAGAAAAGGAUAUGCCCAAGAUUUCUAAACCACAGGAACCAUGGCCUAGCCAUAUCUUUGUUCCAACUGACAAAAAAGAAUGUCAAAGUCCCAGGCAGGACACAUGUCUUUCAGGGAUGAGGCCUGUCCAAGCCUACAGGUCAAAUACUAAAAAAUGCAGUUCUUCCCAAGAAACAGGGAAGUUUGGGGACAGGAUAAAAAACUUUAUAAGGUCAAUUUUCAACCCCAAAGCCAAAUUACAGGAGAACACCCUGGAAAAAAUCAAGGCCUUACCAGCCACAACCCAAAGCCCAGGGUCAGUCCUGAGUAGAUUAUUCAUGGCCCGACAGGGAGCUGAAGCACAGGACCUCAUGACCUCUGUUGGAUGGAUUCUAGAGAAGAAGUUGGGGGCUCCCUCAAAGAAAAAUUUGCACCAAGAACCACCCCAAGCCCAAGUGAGUAGGCCUGUCUGCCACCACAGGAUUCCUACUGCAGAAACAAUACAAGGAACAACAAAGAAACAACACACUAGCUCUGUUCACCAAGCCAACCCCAAGGUACAAAGCCAACCUUCACACAGCCAACCUUCUACAGACAGAUGGAUGCCCUAUGGUAACUGGGCCCAGGUGUCCAGAGAACCUGUGUCCCGACCCAGGCCCUAUCAGCACAGGGCACAGGUACCACGUGUCCCACGGAACCCUGUCCACUGUCCUAGGCACUGCCCCUACAGAAGUGGACUAUAGAAAGUAAUUAAAUACUUUUCCCCAAAAGAA